UCUUCUUUUCUGCAUAGCAUCUCACACUGUGAUAGAAUCUGUGGGUGAGAGAGAGAAGAAUGGAAAAGUCCAGGAAAAAAUUUACUGAUACCAUAGAUAAAGCAGUAGCUGCAGCUAACAGAAUGCAGCGUGAUGAACUGCUUUUUAAUUACAAGGGGAUUCUUUACCCUGUUACUUUUUGCAGUCCUGAGGUAUUCAGAGCCAUGGAGUCCUUUGAAGCCAGAAGCGAUGACAUCAUUUUGGCAGGAUAUCCUAAAUCAGGCACAAACUGGGUAGGUCAAAUCUUAAGUGAUCUGGUUGCCAUAUUUGAAAAGAAAAUGAAGAAUAAAGAAAGCAGUGUGAAUGAGGAAGAACUGGAAGAAUUCCCCUACUUUGAAAUUGGAGAUACUGGGAAAUACGAGCGAAUGAACAAAUUACCUUCUCCAAGACUUAUGGUUACUCAUCUCCUUCCUGAAAACCUUCCCACAUCUGUCUUCAAAAAUAAAGCCAAGAUAUUGUUGCUGAUUCGCAAUCCAAAAGAUCUAGCUACAUCUUUUUAUCAUUUUUCAAAUGUCAUGUCUCCUCUUCCCUCCUACGAGACCUGGGAUGAUUUCUUCACAGCUUUCAUGACAAAGAAAAUGCCCUGGGGAUGCUAUUUUGAAUAUCUUUCUGCAUGGAAUAAAUAUGCUGAUGAUGAAAAUGUUAUGGUGCUAACUUAUGAAGAGCUAAAAGAGAAUCCAGCCCAGGGUGUGAAAAACAUAGCUGAUUUCUUUGGGAUUUGCCUGAAUGAGAAAGAGCUACAGAGUGUGGUAGAGAGGAGCAGCUUCCAGGCAAUGAAGAAGAACUCACAGAAGACCCAUGGGGCAUUUGGCAAUGUUCUCUUUCGCAAAGGUGUUGUAAGCGACUGGAAGAAUCUUUUCAGUGAAGACCAAAAUGAGAAAAUGGACAAAGCAUUUGAAGAACAUAUAGGAGGAACAAAACUGGGAACAAAGCUAAAGUAUGAAGUUUAUUGUAAGAGCUGAAGAGUGAUGAAAUGCAGCUAAAGCAAGAGCUUUACAAUGAACUCUCAGAUCAUCUGAAUGCUAUACACUAAAAAGCUAGAUGAAAUCAGUUACUGUAAUAAUCACAUUGCAGUGGCCUUUACAGUGCCAAAGAGGAACAGCAGGCUUUUGUUUUAAAGGGGAGAUCCUUGGCUUGCUUAGGCUACAUUUAUUUGCUGAAUAAGAUGGCAACUAACCAUAGUCAGAUUGAUGUAACAAUUAUGUUUCCAUAGCUGUCACCUGGAAUGAAAUGCCUCUUCUCUCUUCCUAGACAAAUUCUGUCUUUCUAGACUACUUAAAAUUAUUUAGUAUGUAAAGUGUCUUCUGUUUUCCCAAGUGAUUCAGAUCAAACACCAUAAUCACAGAAAAGGUCACUAACAAAAAUAUGAAUCUAACACAACAGUAAUUAAUGACAAA